AGCAAAAUAACCAAUAUAACCAUCCUGAUUCCUGAACCCUAACCAUAUCUCCAAUAAUCCUUUUCCUCAGGAUCGAUUGCUGAAGAGGGUUUCGACCUCUUUCGAAACUCUUGAUUCUACAACCAGGUGCGUUUAACGUGUGGAAUGGCCACUGUCGAAGCACCCCCUGGUAUGCUUGGGCCCAGAUAUGCUCCGGAUGAUCCAACUCUACCCGAACCUUGGAAAGGUUUAAUUGAUGGAAAUACCGGUGUGAUGUAUUACUGGAAUCCCGAAACAAAUGCUACUCAGUAUGAAAAACCACCACCCUUGCCGUCUGGGCCUCCGCCUGCAGCUCCCACACCUAAGAUGAAUCCCUUGCCUGCAACGAGAUCAUCUCAACCAGACAAUAUUCAGACACCACAGAAUCAGCAGACGGUACAAACUCAGGUCACGCAAGGGCAACUUACGAGCUCAUCCUUUCAGCAGCCCGUGCAACAGGGGUUUACACAGCCUAUGCAGCCAGGGCAGCAGCAAGCUCCUUAUCAACUGAUGCAGUCGAUGCCUCAUGUUCCGCAAGGACAAACGUACCCUGGUGCUCAGAUGGGAUCUCAACAUGGUUUUCAAUUUACCCGUCAGCCUACACAAUACACGGUUCAUCAACGGAACAUGCCUCCACAAGGGCCACAGAGCUCCUCACAACAAUUGCCUCACCAAGAGCGUAAAACAGAGCAUGGUCAGAUAGAAAGUAAUGAUUUUCAUCAAGCAAAGCAACCAGGGUUUGCGCAAGCCAAUCAAAAUUUUAUUCAGGGGAAGCAAUCUUCUUACCCGCGAGAUCGGAAAAGCGGUACCCCUUAUGGAGAUGAUGUUGAGUAUCAGCAAGUAAAGCAUGCUGGGCUUUCACCUGCACAGAUUCAGAAAACUGGGAUGCCACCAUUACAGAACAUGUCCUCAGGAGUCAAUUCACCUCAUGGACAUAAGAUGAGCAUUCAACUAAAUCAAUCUGUGGAAUACAGUGGACGACAUGCUAAUAUGCAACGGAAUAACCCGUCUAUUCAUAUGCCCCAAACAGGUACAGAAUCAACACACCUGCACCAUGGUUCUAGGUUUCAAAAUCAAAUGGGCCCUGGGAUGAUUCAUGGCCAACAGCAGAAUCUUCCACAUCCUGGAUCAAAGAUGCCCUAUGAAGAAAACCAUCUUGGAAGGCCUGGAAAUGAAUAUUUCUAUAAUACCGCCAAGGAUGUCAAGGCAGUGUCUCCUCAGCUACCCAAGCUCUCACCACUACCACCUUCAGCCAGAAAUCAACAGGAACUGAGAAUGGGUGAUUUCACCUCUCAGAAUGCCCCACAUAGUAUUCCUGGCAGAUCGAAUGGUCCUGGAGGGCCUGCGUUAUCUGGUGUUGUCCAUGGUAAUUCCUCUGGUGCCUCUCCUUAUCCGAACAAUGCUGUUGUGAGGCCUCCAUUAUCAAUAAUGGGACCUUCGGAUCCUAUGCAUCUAUCAGCUGCAGAAAUUUACCGCCAAAAGCACGAAGUGACAGCCACGGGUGAUGAUGUUCCUGCUCCGUUUAUGACAUUUGAAGCUACUGGGUUUCCACCUGAAAUACUGCAAGAGGUAAGUGCGAUAUCUGCUCCAAAAGAGGAGCACAUGUCGUACGCUGCAUUACGUUUUGCUGGUUUCUCUGCACCGACACCAAUUCAGGCACAGACGUGGCCCAUUGCUUUACAGAGCAGGGACAUAGUUGCUAUUGCCAAGACAGGCUCUGGGAAAACGCUGGGAUAUUUGAUGCCAGCAUUCAUUCACCUGAGGCGACUACGUAAUAAUCCUCAGAAUGGCCCAACAGUGUUGUUGCACGGUAUGGCACAUUACUACGAAACUGUUUAUAUGUUCUUUCUAAUUUGGUUGAGAAGUGCUCUGACUGUUUCCUUCUCAGUGCCUGUAUGGCGGGGCUUCGAAAUGCUUCAGUUGGAGGAGCUAGAUAGAGGAGCAGAUAUUGUUGUGGCAACUCCUGGCCGGCUGAAUGACAUCCUUGGAAUGAAGAGGGUUGACUUUAGGCAAGUCUCAUUUCUUGUUCUUGAUGAAGCUGAUAGAAUGCUGGACAUGGGGUUUGAGCCUCAAAUACGUAAGAUUGUCAAUGAAAUUCCUCCAAGAAGGCAAACUCUUAUGUACACUGCAACGUGGCCCAAAGAAGUCUGCAAAAUAGCAAGUGAUCUUCUGAUCAAUGCGGUCCAGGUCAACAUUGGCAGUGUUGAUGAACUUGCUGCAAAUAAGUCUAUUACACAGUACGUAGAAGUAGUUCCUGUGUUUGACAAGCAGAGACGCCUGGAACAAAUUCUGAGAUCUCAAGAGCGUGGUUCGAAAAUCAUUAUAUUUUGUUCCACCAAGAAGUUGUGUGACCAUCUUGCUCGCAAUCUUGGGCGUAACUAUGGGGCCGCUGCAAUUCACGGAGACAAAUCUCAGGGUGAGAGAGACUGGGUUCUGAAUCAGUUUCGGAGUGGGAAGUCCCCUGUCCUGGUUGCCACCGACGUUGCUGCUCGGGGCCUUGAUAUCAGAGACAUAAGGGUAGUUAUCAAUUACGAUUUCCCCACCGGGAUCGAGGACUACGUCCAUCGCAUCGGGAGAACCGGGCGAGCUGGCGCCACUGGGAUCGCUCACACGUUCUUCUCUGAGCAGGACUGGAAGCACGCUCCCGAUCUCGUCAAGCUCCUCGAGGGCGCCAAUCAAGCCGUGCCUCCCGAGGUAAGGGACAUAGCCAUGUGCGGUGGGCCCACCUUCUCUCGGGACCGUGGCCCCGUGAACCGUUACGACUCCUCUGCUGACGGUGGCCAUGGACGUGGUGGCCGCUGGGAUUCUGGCGGCCGUAGGGGCGGAAGGGACAGUGGCUUUGGCGGCGGCCGUGGUGGUUGGGAGAGGGGAGGUCGUGUGGGCCCGCACGAGCGGUUCAACAGUUUGGACACGCGGGGCCGGGGCAGGGGACAGGGCAGGGGUCGGUUUGACGGUCGGGAUAGGAGUAGGGGCAGAAGCUACAGCUCAAGCCCUGAGAGAGUGAGAACGUGGGGUGGCUAUAGCCGGAGCCGAAGCAGGAGCAGGAGCUGGUCACGAAGCAGAAGCAGGAGCAGGAGCUGGUCACGAAGCAGAAGCAGGAGCCGGAGCCCGAGAAGUCGGAGCAGGAGUUAUGAGAGGUAUGAGAGGAGGCCACGUGUAUCGAAAUUCGACGUGAUGGAUCCGAAUGCGGAAGUGAGUGUCCCUGUAGGUGUAGGUGCAGGUGCAGGCAGAGGGAAUGGUGGAGCCUCGGGGGCUGAGUCAGCUGAGCAGGGGAAUCCGACAACUGUGACUCGGGACUCUUGGAAAGCUAGCCGACUGGCUUACGGUGGUCUU